AUGGUGAAACAAUCAACGGCUGAAACAAGCACAAAUGAGGCGAAGCAAGUCCCACAAAAAGUCAAAUCAAAAAAACAAAAGAAGAUGAGUUUCGCCCAAGCUCAAGACGUCUAUCUUCGGCUCAAGCAGGAAAAAGAAGAAGAGAAACAACGGGAGCGGGCUGAGCGAGAGAAACGAAACGAGACUAUUGCAGCGACAAAUAAGUCAAGAAAGAAAAUGAACCAGGCGUUGGCAAAAAGGAAUAAAAAAGGACAACCAAAUCUGAAUGCGCAAAUGGACGUUCUUCUUGAGAAAAUACAGAAGCGGGUGGAUAAGGAGAAGAAAGGAACACAGUGA